AGGCGCCGCCGCCUGCCAAACGCGCCCGGACGCCCUCGGCGAGAGCCGCCGCCUCCUCGGGCUCCGUUGCGCCCCGAUCCAAAGCGAGAGCUGCCCGGGGGCGCAGCCAGGCGGCCGCCUCCCUCGCCGGGUUGGUUUUUUCGGGCGCUUUUGGGGGGAGGGCAAGAAGAGCCCCGCCCGCCCCCUCGCGCCCGCCUCUGGAGCCACAUCUGGAUCUCCUUCCCCGGCGCGGCGCGGAGGCGGCUCGGUGGGGCGCGGGGCUCCACGCCGAGAGGGGGGGGGGGCGAGGCGGGGAGGCUGCCUGGAGCGAGACCCCCGGAGCCACCCCGCUCCCCACCGGCGCCAGAUCCCGUGAGCCGGGUGGACUGGGAUCGCCUCGGAGGAGCCCAGAGGACCGACCCGGGGAGCGGCCGCCUUCCUUUGGGAGCCGGAGCCGGAGCGCAGAGCCGAGACUGCCCCGCCUUGGACCCGGCGCGGGAGGCGCCGCUGGAGCUGCCAUGAAACGGACCCGCGCGCUCCCGCUGUGGCUGCUGCCCCUCUUGGCCGCCGGGGUUGUGGCCAAUCAAGGUUGUGAAAAUGGGCUCUUCACCUCUACUGGAGACUGCUGUGACCUCUGCCCACCAGGCUAUGGAGUUACAGUUCCUUGUGGGACCACUAAUACCAAGUGUGAACCAUGCAUACAAAACAAGACAUUCUCCUCCAUCACCAGCGCCACGGAACCAUGCCAGCCAUGUUCGACGUGCCCAGGCCACGUGCCCACGAUGGAGUCAUGCAGCCCUACCCACGACGCCUUGUGUGCCGUCAGCUGCCCGCGGGGACAGUAUCUCCAUGUGGGGAACGGGAGCCGCAGUGCCGGGCAGUGCCGUCUUUGCCAGGUGUGCCCAAAGGGCUAUGGGGCCAUCCAGCUGUGCGGACCCAACACCAACACCAUGUGCCGGAAAUGCCCAGAAGGCUACUACUCGGAAGAGAAGAGCUCUCUGGAGCCGUGCCUCCGCUGCCGGCAGGAAUGCGAUGACAGUGAGGUGAUGAUCCAAGACUGCACCCCGUUUUCAGACACUCUUUGCAUGGACAAAGAGCUGCAGAUCCUGAAGCGCACCGAGGGAGACUCCCGGAAGGAAUUCCCCAAAAGAGCAUCGCUUCCGGAUUCAGAGGACGGCCCUUCUCAAAAUACUUCCUCCUCGGAGUUUGUCCCUCCUUUGGCCGAAGACCAGAGCAAUAACAUCAUUCCUGUCUACUGCUCCAUCCUAGCAGCCGUAGUAGUGGGACUUCUCGCCUACGUUGCUUUCAAAUGCUGGAGCACUUGUAAGCAGAAGCAGCAGCUGGCCAAAGCUCGAGCUGGGGAGCUGGCAGCAUCUCCGGAAGGCGAGAAGCUUCACAGCGACAGCGGGGUCUUCCUCGACACGCACAGCCUCCAGGAACAUCACCAGCUCAACAAGGCACACAAGGCCGAGCCCCGAUUCUACGCCAGCCUGCCGCCCCACAAGCGGGAAGAGGUGGAGCAGCUGCUGGAGGAACCGGGCCAUGGCAAGGACUGGCGCUGCCUGGCCAACCACUUAGGCUAUGAGGAGGAAACCGUGGAUACCAUUGGCCGGGGGGAAGCCCCUGCCCACACGCUGCUCUCUGAUUGGUCCACCAAGGAGGGAGCCACUCUGGAGGCCCUGUGCACGGCCCUGGUGGCCAUCGAGAGAGAGGACGUGGUGGAGAACUUGAACACCCCCACGGAGGUCAGCUCCGUAGUGUGACGAGGCUGCUUCUCCGUUGCACCACAGGUGGACUCGUAUCGGGGGGUGGGGCGGGUUUAUUAAAAAGGGGGAAGGGGACACAAAAGGGAAACGUCGGAGAAGAGGACUUGUCACUUUUAAAAACAUGGACACUUGAACAAACCGUGAUCACAGAGGACAGCGGUGGGUCAUAUGAACACUGCCCCCAGCUGGAUGGAGGACCUCGGUGCAGUGCAGAGAUGAAAAUGCCUACCUUGUUUAUCAGGAAUCGCACCUGGUGCCACGGGGUGGUGGUGGUGGAGUGGGAGGGGCUGAUGCCGUGCGGUUGGCAAGUGGUUAUUCCUCAGGUGGCCUUCCGUACUGACGUGAAAGGUUUGUCUAGGCCAGGGGUCUGCAACCUGCGGCUCUCCAGAUGUUCGUGGACUACAAUUCCCAUCAGCCCCUGCCAGCAUGGCCGAAAUGAUGUUGUCUGCCAAGGAGGAACAGGAAGCAGGGCCAAACAGGCAGGGGUCCCUGUGCCUCAAAGAGGGUUCUUUCAGCGGGUUGUCGGGGUGGGGGGCUAUUCUGGCUAAGUCACCUGUCUAGGUGGGGAGGGGCUGUGAUGGGGUGGUUGAGCAUCUGCUGGCAGGGGGCCCCGGGUUCAAUCCCCGACAGCCUGUUAAAUGGAUCAGAUGGUACAUGAUGCAAAAGAGCCCCCCCCCCCAAGAGAGCCACCGCCAGGAUGAAUAGACCACGCCGACCUCAUUGGAUCAAAGGUCGGCUCCCGUGGAAGACAGCGGCACAUGUUCGUGUGCAUUUCAACUACUGCACAGGUGUCAAACUCGCGCCC